ACCCACGGACGGUUGACCCCUUUGAGAUGAUUGAAACCCCUCUGUGUUGUGAUGAUUAACUGUUGGGGACUGAUCUUGUGAUUAACUCAGCAGAUGCCGUGAUUGUUUGCCUUUCAAAAGAGCGGUAUGCUGGGUAGAAACCUCGACUGGAUGUUCAUUAUUUCACAACAGAUUUUAGAGCUGAAAGGGAACUCUACAGCAGUAUUCCAGACAGGAGAAAGAACACAGGUCCAGUCUAGGAACACGGGUUCAGACUUCUCUUCUGAAACUGAACAGAGCUGAGGUUUGAUGACUUUAUUCUGAGAAAAUCUGGAAAAAAGUGGAGCUUAACUGUGUCAGAUCUUUGUGUAUCGAUGCCUUUUGCCCUCUGUCUUCUGAUCCUGAUCCUAAUGGACUCCAGCGCUGGAGCUCCACCGGACAAGAAAACCCCGGAUGUAAGAGACGAAGACAUCAAUGUUUUUCUGAUGAUGGCGUGGCAAGUGGCUCGACACAUACAGCAGAAUUCCAGCUGUUAUGUGUGCGGUCUGAUGCCGUACACCGCCGGAGAAGGUUUACCUCUGAUGGCGUUACCGGCCUCUGACUGUGACACCUGCCACCUCCUCCACAUCCACACAUCCCAGUCUUACUCCCACCCCGACUGCCCUGAGAUCGCCAAAAUGAGGCCACUGAACUGCUCCGGAGGUCACGGAAACUGCGAUAGAUGCCUUCAAACGCCUAAACCUGUUCCCAUAAUGCUCAUCCCUCAGCCGUUCCCUUGGUGCCUCGAGAAUGAUGGGAAAACCCCCGUGGGACGAUCGGACUGCGUUCAUACGUAUAAGUGGGACCCGAAACAAACCCAGAGGGACUUUGAGUCUCUGAACGCUGCUCCUCAUCAGUGUUUGGACGCAGCCGGUUCAGCUCGGCUCAACGCCCUCGCCCAUCGUACGGCUAUGUGCUCCAUCUCGUCUCCCGUUGGGAUGUACUGGGUCUGCGGAAGCCUCGCGUACCCGUAUCUUCCGGUGGAUUAUAGCGGACGCUGUGGUUUGGCGUAUGUUGUCCCGGCUAUGAGAGUGGCCCGCUCGCUGCCGAAGAAACCUCAUCAUCGAAAGCGCCGUGGAGCUUCGGACAUCUUCGGGACGCACCAUCAGUCAGGCUUAAAGAACGUACUCGGCCCCCUUCUUCCUUUUUAUGGAGUCAUGUCUGCAUUAGAUCAAAUUUCUGAUCUGUCACACGCAAUAGAAACUAUAGCUAAUGAAACUGGGAGGGCGCUGCAACUCAUGUCCAGUGAACUGGCCUCUGUCCGACUACUGGCCCUGCAAAACAGAGCUGCUUUGGAUUUUCUUUUGUCUGCACAAGGGGGGACGUGUUCUGUUAUCGGCUCUGAAUGUUGUACCUUUGUGCCUGAAUACAAUGCAACGAUUAACGACAUAGUUAAUCACCUUCAUGUCACUGCUACAUCUGUUCACCAGGAGAGUAGUUCUUUAUUUGACUGGUUAAAACCUACUUUUGGAUCACUGACUCAUCGUUUUGUUGAAGGUAUGAUUAUUUUAGUUAUUGCUUUGGUAUUAUUGUCAUGUUUUGUAUCUUGUCUGAAAAAGUUCCUUUUCAAUAUUAAGUGAUGAAAAGAGAAUAUUAUUAAUAAAAAUUG